AUGACGGGCGACGUGACGGCCCUCGAGAUGACAGAAGAUAUCGCUCUCGAUCGAGAGACCGAAGAGACAGACGGCGCGACAGAAGUUGGUCUAAGGACCGCCGUGACCGAGAUCGCGACCGAAAAGACAGGGACCGAGACGAUCGUGGACCAAGAGACAGGAGGAGCAUUAGCCGCGACAGACAGUACGAAAAACGAGGAUACCAAUCGAAAGGGGACAGGUAUCGUGACCGUUCUCGAUCGCCUGCUCGAAAUGGCAACAGAGAUAGAUCCAGAGCACCUCCAAUUCGAGGGUCUAGAGGCGACCGCAGAAAUGACCGCAGAGACCCUCGGGGACAAUCAAAUGGUACCGCAGAUACCAAGCCACCGCGGUCCCGAGAUGGAAUGGACCUGA